AAGGCCAGACCGAUGGUCGGAUGCGUGCCGCGAGUGUGUGCAGAGCGGGCAGUGGCGCGGCGAGCGCCCGGCCGGCGGGGCGAGCGCGCGCGCCGCAUAGCAUGCGCCUGCUGCUGCUGCUGCCGCUCGUGCUCGCGAGCCCGGCAGCAGCCGGUAUCUGCUGGUCGGGUAUGGACCGGAGCGGGCGGUGCACCUCGGUGCUGGCGCUGCGAGUGGGCCGGGCCGAGUGCUGCGCGGGCGGGGCGCGCGCCCCCGCCGCCUGGAGCCCCCGCGACCUCGACAGCGGCGAGAUAUUCUUCUACAAGGCGCUCUCCCAGGGUGUGCCCUGCACGGCGUGCGCUGAAUCGUGCGCGGGCGUGACGUGCGGGUCGGGGCGGCGGUGCGCGGUGCGCGGGGGGCGGGCGCGCUGCGUGUGCGCCGCGACGUGCGCGCGCGCCGGCCCCGUGUGCGGCUCCGACGGCCGGACUUACCGCUCACUGUGCCGCCUGCGACGGCGCGCCUGCCGCAGACCCGCCAAGCACCUGACGCUAGACUACCCCGGGCCUUGUCGAGUGGGCAGCUGCGAGGGCGUACGCUGCGGCGGCGAGAAGCGCUGCGUUUUGGACGCGGAACUCGGCGCUCAUUGCGCGCGAUGCGGCGGCUGCAGCGUCGCGGGUGCGCCAGUUUGCGCCGUCGACGGCCGCACAUACGCCGGGCCGUGCGCGCUGAGAAAGGCCGCUUGUGAACGCGGGAAGGCGUUGCCGUUGGCGUAUAAGGGCGCUUGUAUAAGUAACGCGACAUGCGCGUCGAUCCGCUGCGGCGCGGGGCAACGCUGCGUGGUGGGCGGGGCGUCAGGCGUGCGGUGCGUCUCGUGCGGCGCGUGCGGGCGCGGCGCCAAGCGCGAGCUGUGCGGGACGGACGCGCACACGUACGGGUCCUGGUGCCGGCUGCAGCGGGCUGUGUGCCACGCAGGCUCUGUGGUAGACCCGCUACACCCGGGACCGUGUCCAGGUAGUAAAAAUAUAACGGACAAUAAUGUGACGAAAAAGAGUAAAGCAAAAAAGAACAUAACGAAAGUCCUAUAGUCAUAGAACCGGCGCAGAUCUGCAGAUUGCUUCGUCCUCGAGUUUAUAGAAGCAGUGAUAAAAGCACUUGAAGACUGAAUUUGAACACAACCACCCGUGAUGCUACCAACACAAUAAACAGAACGAACCAGUAGGUCGACUUCAAACAAGCUGACAAAUCGGUGCGUACGGCAUGGUACCGCUGUAAG